AAGCAGAUGUGGUACCUGAGUUCAACAAGAUGGCGUGUUGAACGGCAGCAAGAGACAGAGGGUGGUCAAACUUUGUCCCAAACUUCAUUUUAAAACCGUUUUUAAAGAUCACUCUAAGUUUAAAAUUAACCGUCAAAACAUGCCGAAACCGAAUAUUCCCAAGAAACCCUCUGAAAGUGGUUGGAAAGUGGUAAGCGAACAAGUAUCACACGAGGAUGAAGAGAUGCUAACCUCGGCUAGCGACCAUGACAAUGUUAAAGAAGCUAACAUGGCUAAGCGGAAAGAUAUCGGGUCUGCUCCAACAACCCCAAAUAAAGCGCCUGCCGGUAAGAAAUCAAAAAAUAAGGAGGAAAACGAGGAGGACGUCUCUAAUCUGACAAUUUUAAUAGCAAUUCAGAACAUGGCGAAAGAUGUGGAAGAACUCAAGGAAAAAGCUGCACAGAGUAGCUCCAUGCUAGCUGCACUGAGCAAAGCAGUCCAGUUUAAUGCCGAAGAAGUCAAAGAAUGUAAAGGCAAAGUAAACGAACUUGAAAUGCAAUUCCACCUCCUUAAAAAAGAAAACAUUGAACUGAAAGAAAGGCUGAAGGAGCAAGACAGGUACAAGAUGCGAUGGUGCUUAAAGUUUAAAGGUUUGCCGGAGAAGAAGGAUGAAAACAUCAGAGAGGACACCAUCCAGCUCUUCAGGCGGAUCAUUCCAGACAUAGACCUGCGCAGGCUCGAGGACGCGGUAGACGUGGUGCACAGAGUGGGGAAGAAAGAAGAUAACCGGAGCAGAGCCGUGAUAGUCCUGUUCGCUCGACGGUUGGUCAAGGAGGAGAUCUGGCGCAGAAGCAAGGACUCUCCCGUGUGCAAAGAGAGGCAUUCGCUUCUCCGAGAUGAUGCCGCUGGAGGACAGGGAGGCGAGGAAGAAGCUUUGGUGGAGCAGGCGAGACGGGAGGGAAAGCGCGCAUACUACCGAGGCCCCCAUGCGUUCAUCGAGGGUAAAAAGAUCGGUUAAAGACUAAUAACUUUGAAAUGUUAAAUGAGUGAAAAGUUUCAUAGGGACACUCACUUGUUACAGAAAGGAGAAAAAAAGAGAGUUUUUUUUUUUUUUCCCAUUAGUGUUCAUUCUAUACUUGUACUUUUAUGUUCAAUUGUUCUUUUUCACUUUCUUCGUUAAAUGUGAGGGGUCUUCGAGAUCUGGUUAAAAGAAAAGCCUUAUUUUUGUUUCUUAAAGAGCAAAAAACACAGUUUUUGUUGUUACAAGAAACACAUUCAUGUGAUGGAGAUGAAAAGUUUUGGACUAACAUGUGGGGAGAUAAAAUAUUAUUCAGUCACGGAACCAACAGGUCAGCUGGUGUUGCCAUUUGUUUUCAUCACUCAUAGGCAAGAUAUUGAAGGUCACUGGCUCGUAGCAGCCCUGAAAAUUGAUGAUCUUUUUUUCAUAUUAGUUAAUGUUUAUGGUCAUAAACUGGAUUCACAAAAUAGAGAAAUGCUACAAAGCAUAGUUAGGGAGGUUGAAGACUUAAAAACGCUCCACCCAACAAAUUUAAUUUUAAUGGGAGGGGAUUGGAACAUAACGCCGGAUGAAUGGGAAGAUAGAUGGCCAUCAAAAUAUGUAAAUCACCACUAUAACUCUGUCAUGGAAGCAUUUAUUAGAGAUAAUGAUCUCAUUGAUGUCUGGAGAGCUCAAAACCCAGGAAAGAAAGAAUUCACAUGGUACGAGCCCAACUGUGGAGCUAAAUCUAGAAUAGACUACUGGCUUAUCUCUGAAGCUCUAGAAAGAUCUACUUGUAAAACCUCAAUUUCUAAAGCUCCACUGACUGAUCACAAUAUUAUUGAAAUGGCACUUGGUUCAAAUAGUAAAAAAACAAGAAAUAAAAGUUACUGGAAAUUCAAUGCUAAUUUGCUCAAUAACCAAAACUAUUGUUCUUCAAUUAAAAAAAUUAUUUCAGAUAUUGAAAAAGAUGAAAACAUUGAGAGCUUUUGCAAUAAGUGGGAAUAUAUUCAAUUUAAAAUUA